AUGAAAUCUAAAGGGAUAUGGAAAUCAAGAAGCGAAACGACAGAUUCGCAAUCGGCUUUUCUCGGUAAGUGUACCGACGCAAAUUGUCGCGUGGGUUAUAAUAUUAUUAAGAUAACCCCGAUCCACAGUAUAAUAACUAUUUGAGUAAGGUAUUCGAAUUGCAUCUAAUUUAUUGAUGCUAAGUGCACUCAGGUCCAAAAAAAGGAAAAAAAUAUAAUUAUAAGUUUCACUAAUUUAUUCCCUUCUCGCUUACAUUUUAACUAUUGGCGUAGUUAAAAAAUUAUAUAUGUAUGUAAUGUAAUAAAUGUAUACGAAUAUAAGUGGUUAUAGGACUUUUCAAAUAAUUUAUAUAUAAUUAUUUGAUGAAAUAUUUUUUCGUAUAAAUCUAAAACAAAAACUGGGAAAUGUUUUAUUAGUAUAAUGAUUUAGGUUUAUUUAAAAUCAGUUUAAGUUAGCAACUAUUAUACAGAAGUUUAUGAAGGCUGAUUACAGAAGGCUGUGAGUGGAAAAAAUGUUUUCGAAACGUUAAAUUAAAUUUUUUUUUAUAUAAACUGAUGAUUCACUAAGCGUGCUCAUCCCAUUUGUUUUGGUUGAAUUUUGUAUAUAUUCAAUUUCUGAUUUUGGAAUUUUUAAGUUUAAUUAAAGUCAAUAUUUUCGAAUACUUAUAUAUUUUAUAACAUUUAAGGAGCGUCCUGUAGCGAUAUCAACUUUCGAUGUCAACAUUUUUGGUUUCCGUCAACCCGUUAACGAGAUAUUCCACUUUUAAGUUUAGGUAGGGGAAAGUAGUGGAGUAUCAUUCAUGUGGCGGCACGGCGCACGGCAUUUUAUUAGUGUUCUACUACUCUCCUCCUACUUAAUUCAAAAAUAUCGGCUUUAAUUACAAUUAAAAAUUCCAAAAAUUAAAAUUUGAAUUUAAUAUACAAAAUUUAAGAAAACAAAAGGAGGUGAGCCCUCUUAGUGCAUCUUCCUGUAUAUAGGUACCCAGCGUAUAAAAUAAUACCUGCGACCUUUAAUUUAUAAAUAGGUAAUAAUAAUAAUAACAUAAAUGUUGUGUUUAUGUUAUUGAUGUGCAGCAGUGUAUUCGGUGAUAGCCAGUGGUCGAUUUAAAGCUCAUUUAAACUAAAGAGGGAGUAGGGUAAAUUAAAUAAAAUUCGAAGGGUCCAAUUUUGUUUAACAGAUCUACUACAAUACAUAAUAUUAUAAUACACUCGUAAUUUUAUUGAUGUUCAAACGUAAGUUUUCUACUUUUUAUGUAAUUUAGAGGGAAGAAAGAGGGGGAUCCGAACCACGAAUGAAAACACACUUCCCAAUUAUCGCAUUGGAUGCCUAUAUAAUUCAAGGAUUAUUUAAACCUCGAAACGGAAGGAUGCAAAUUUGAAUAUUAAGCUCCCAAUUAUUCCAUCCUCAAAAUGUUACAUUAUACGAGUAUAAUCUGUAGGUAUGAAUAAAUUGGCUACAUAAUAUUAUAAAUAAUGCUGUAACUAUUUGUAAGUCGGGCCAAUACAUAUUUAUUUUCAUUACAGUUAUCAUAUACUAUAUACAAAACCAACGGUUUAAUAGUAGUAUAAGUAAAAAUUACGAAAAAUUACGUCCAACCACGUUUCUUGCGGAUUAUCCACAUUGGUAGUAAUAAUAUUAUUUGAAAUAUCAUACACCGGGUGAUUCAUUUAAGUGGGUACACUCAUUAUCUCGGAAAGUAUUAACUUUUACCGGAAUUCGUUUUCUAGAAUAUUUAAGAAACAAGCUGCUCUAUAAUUUUAUAUUUAAAUUAAUUUUUGUCACCCUUAUUUUUGGGAGUAAAACCACCACCUACUUUUGAUUUUCAAAUGGCAACCUAUAUUAAGCAUAUUGGCAACCUUUCCGAGAUAAUGAGUGUAACCACUUAAAUGAAUUAUCUGAUAUGUAUAGGAAAAUUAUAAAGAAAACUACACGGGAAAUCAAGAAAUAUUCUCUCUAAUACACCAACUAAAUCCAAAAUUCAACAAAAAAGGUCUGUUGUCAUUUUUUUAUUGAAGAAAAUUUCUAAUAGAAAAGUUGUUAAUGAACAGACAAAAAACAAAUAAUAAACACAUAUUGUAGUAAAACCAAAUGCCCACGUCUCAGUGAAAGCAAUGCACGCAUCCCUGUGCUCAGAAUUUAAAAGUGCAUAAUUUCUUCAUAAUAUUAUUUUAUAAUAAUUAUUGCAUUCUAAAGUGUAUAAUAUUGUUGUUUAUAUUGGAACGCAGCGAGUACGUGUGCCCUGACCAUUGGACUGAACCUGGGCUGGUUAACAGAUCAGAAAAACAUUACAGAGACCGACCGGCUGGACCAAGAGAUGGUGUUUUACGCGGUGGCGGUUCCCUGGGCGUAUUUCUGCGGUCGCGACAUACACAAGGUGGGCCCGUACCGGACUAUGGUGGUAGCCGUGUGUACGUCCGUUUUGACCGGCGGCGCCGUUGCUCUCAUGGGUCCCUGCAGCUACGCGGUCUGCCUCUACUCGAGCAGAGCUCUGCAAGGCUUGGUAAGCGCUUCGCUGGCCGUGUCGGUACCCAUAUUCGUGGUGGAGAGCGCUAAAGGACUGUAUCACAGUGAGUAUAAACAUUCAAAUACAAUAUCUCUAUAAUUUUAUCAAAACGCGUAAUAAUUUUCAUUGCCGGACUUCCCAUUAUCGGUGUAUGAUCAUUUUCUCAUAAAUUAAUUGAAACAUAAAAAGUCAUCGCGAAACGUGUUUAUACUUAUUUAAAAAGUUAUGUCAAUUUAUUAGUUACAAUCAAUACAUUAAUCACCACUGUAUACUCUGUACAUAUAUUCGCUAUCAUCUAUUUGAAAAAUUGUUCUUACUACUAAGUCGAAAGAUUUGACAUAUAAAUUUAAUCCCUUAGCUACAGAUCAUGAUUCUCUAGUUUCUUCUAUUGCCAACAAAUUAUUUAAGAUAGAUUUGUCUAAUGUAUCGAUAGAAAAUUUACGCCAAGUUAAUGAUGUGCUUAAUUUGUUGGGUAUACAAGUUAAACCUAUUUAA